AUGCCAGAUGUUGAGAAACAAAUGAUCCUGUUCGAGUAUAGCUACCUAGGUUCUAGACACAAGAGUCCGGGGUACAGUAAACCUGAAGGUCUGAGUCAGGUGCCUGUCGACCAAAAUGCAGGGAAGGCACUCCACAGGCCAGUCAGUAAACCACUAGAUUCGAAAUUGACGGGCGCCUCAAUUGCCAUUAUGGCUGACGAGAACGCAAACGGCGGCGGGAAAGUGAGGCCGCGCAACCUGGCCGGCGCAUUUGCCGGCAUUCUUGCUAAAAAAGAACCCAGUGAUUGCGGGUUAUUAGAAACAGAGCAGCAGAAAUUCAAGGGCGGCGGAGAAACACGGGCCUUCUUUCAGGAGGUCAACCCAAAUCUGGUUGGGGCGGGCAACAAAGGAAAGUGUCAAAAGUCGCAGGCUGCUGAAAAAGCACGCGAGCAUGACGCCAGGCGCCGCCAGGCCUCGGGGGGGAAGCGGCCAAGCAUUGGUCUGUCCGUGGGGGCUGGGGUCGAUGGAAUCGUUCUGGGGGGGUUGGAAAGGGAGGGUGGAGACGGGAGGGAAAAAGGGACAAAGGGGCGGGGGGGCAAGCCGCCCAGGAGCCCUGUGGGGGGGUCCAAGAAGGCUGCAGAAGAUGACAGGUGGCAGCAGGAGAUUGGUCCGGAUGAGGAUGGGAGGGGAUCCUUGGGGCCCAGAAAGAAGGGCUUGGAUGUGCAGUCACCGAAGGGGAAAGAGGUCCCUUCUGCGGAGAGAAGGAUCAAGAGCGUUCGGAAGUGGAAGGAAGCUGUUAGCGAGGUCCUUGGCGAGGAAACAAUGGCUGAACGGGGGGUGGGCGAAGUGAAAGGGAGGGGGAAGAAGCGGAGUAGCAACGAGAGGGCAGAAGGUGGGGAGGAAGGGUCUGGCGGGAAGCGCCUGCGGUUGAGUUCGGAUUGGGGAGUAGCAAAGGGCGUCGGGUGUGCCUUUUCAAGGCAAGAACACUUCCCUGGCUUUCCAACCCAGCAGGGCAUGAGUUCAGCGGCCGGUGUGAACGCCCCCCCUGCUGAGGAAGACACCUUCCCGGGGGGUGCUCUGGUCCUAGCGACCAAGGCUCCAAGGAUACCCCCCUUGCAAUUCCACCCCGGUUCGGGCCCGCCCCGUAGCCCCCCCGCUAGACUCCCAGGGUUCAAGUCAUCAGGCGAAGCACUGGCGGUGUAUCCCAAAAUCAGGCCGUCCAGGGGGGUCCUCGCGCAGGGAAAUGAAGGGGGGGGUUCGAUGGAGUGGGUUAGACAGGAGGACGACACAACGGUGAAGCUGACGGUGCCGGAGGGGACGGAGGCACAUAAGCGCAACAAGAAGGAGGCGACAUGCCCGGGUUUCACUCACGUGUUUGGGCCGGAAUCCACGCAGGAAGAGUUCUUCAGGGGCACGACCGCGGGUCCAGUGGGGGCAUUCCUCAGCGAAGCCAAGAGCUGCGUGGUGUGGGCGUUUGGCAUGACGGCUGCCGGCAAAUCAUACACCAUGGUGGGGAGCGAGGGGCAACGGGCGGGACUCAUCCCCAGGGCGAUGGACUCAAUUUUUGCCUCCCUCUCCCGCCACCCCGGCGCCACUGUCGUCACUUUCUCAGUCAUCGAGAACCAGAACGACCGUUUCUACGAUCUGCUAGUGCCUCCACAAUCGAUGCACGGCAAGCGGCAGGGCGCGCUGGACUUCAAUACAGGGAACGGGACCGUCAAAGGAGCCCGAGAGGUGGUGCUGAGGUCAGCGGAGCACGGAAAAGCGGAGCUUCGGACAGCGCUUGCGAACAGACACACGGAACGGACCGACCUGAACGCCUCCUCCAGUCGAAGCCACGCGAUCUUCUCGCUGCGGCUUGGCGACCCAGGCGUUGGCGACCCGGAAGCCCGCGCGCGGCUGUGCUUCGUGGAUCUCGCCGGGUCGGAGCGGCUGGGCCGUACGCACAACGAGGGCGACCGGUUGCACGAGAGCCGGUGGAUCAAUAGCACGCUGACCACCAUCUUUCAGUGCAUAAAAGCGACCGGCGAAAACCAAGAAGCGCUCGGGAGGGCCGCCCGGUUGCGAAACCGAAAGCCAGUGGCACUAAAACCGGUGCCGUGCCGUGACAGCAGGAUUUCGUACAUGUUUCGCGAGGAGCUGAGCGGUCGGGGAAACAUGAUUUUGGCGCUGUGCCUGAGCCCUGACCGGGAGGACUUCGACGAGACGAUGUACCAACUAGAGAAGGCGAAGGAGGCCGCAAAGAUCAGGAUCUUCUGCGAAGUAGAGGCAGUGCAGCAGCCGUGGAGCCUCGCGAAGGCGCCACGUCAGCCCGCCAGCCCAGCCGUCCGAUACACCCAAGACGAGAUCGCACGGCGGUUGGCCGUUGAGGACGAGAACCAGCGCCUACGUCAGCACAUCAGAGAACUGAGCGCGCGCGUUGGGGGCGCGGGAGACGAGAGGGCUGCAGCGCUCGCGGACGAGAGCGAGCGCUUACGUCAGCAGGUGACGUCACUUGAGGAGGCGCUCGAGGAGGCGCGGCGGGCGCACGCGCGAACGGCGGAGCAGACGGAGAUCAGCGUCCGGAGAGAGGUCGUUGCGGAGUUCAAGGCCGCCCUCGAAGCGCGGAAGACCGUUGAGGACGCCAAGCUCGCGCGCGCGAUUGAGGCCGAGCAGCGCAAGUACGAGCGGCAGCUCGCGCGGCUCCAGGAGGAGUUCACACGCGCGGGCGCGCAGGCGACGCCUCCGAGCGCGCGCGCGCGCCGAUCAAGCGCGGGGCGCUUGGCUUACGAGUCCGCGGGAAGAACGGACGGCCGACUCUCUUUAGAGGGGGCAGAGACUGGUGGAACAAGCCGUGUGGAACUUGACGGGGAAAGAGAAGAGGAUUCGGUUCUGCCGGGUGAUGGCUUGACCCUACGUCUAGAACCGGAACCAACUGAACUAACGGAACCUCUCGCCUCUGAUCUGGACGCCGAGUCGGAUGGCGAAGUCAGUCAGCGGACGGUCCGGCGUUCGGACGGAACCUCAGAUGGGGCAACCGAACCGUUACCGGAGGAGGAACCGUUAGCGCCCAACAACAAACUAGAGCGGGACGAACAAACGGAGGCUCUGGCGGUGUGGCAAGAGCGGUGCCGUCAGCUCGAAGAAACGGUCGCAGCGCUUCAGAGGAGUGCAUCGACGGCUGAGAUACAUGAGGAUAGACAACGGGAGGUAGCGGAGGGCCACGUGGCAGAGUGUGACGUCACUGGAGAUGGAGACACGGAAGAGCUCCCUGCGUCGCCGCCUCACGAAGAAGAGGGCGGGGGAGAGGGUGACGUAAUUGCGGGUGGGGGCAAGAGCGAGGUUGGGAGGACGUCAGCGGAAAGGCGGGCGAAGGAGGAGCGAACUAGAAGAGGGAAAGAAAACGGAGAGGAGAACGGAGGAGAGUUGGAGGCGCUGAGAGAGGAGAUGGACGCAAGAGAGGCACGGCAUUCGGACGAGAUGCGCGAGGCGCAGGCGACGGUCGCCGCUUUGCAAGAGCGGAUAGGCCCCCUCCAAGAGCGUAUUGCGGAGCUGGAGUACGCUAUCAAGCAGAACGAGGCGCACUGCGCCGCGGUGCACCGCGUCGAGUCUGACGUGGCGUCCGAGCGCGCGGCUGACGUCAUCGAAACGAUGCGCGCGGACCUGCAGAAAGGGUUCGAGGAGGAUCUCAACGAAGUGCGGAAACGGUUCGAGGAAGAUAGGCAGAUACUCGAGAUGGGUCGAGAGGAAGAGAGCGCGCAGGCGGAGACGGACGCGCAGUCGCUGCGGAUGGAGAUCCAAAUGCUAGAGGACCAACUCGAGCGCCAACGAGAGGAGACGGACAAGCUCAACGCUCGCUACCAAAACCUCCUCAGCCGCGUCAACUCCAGUCCGCCCAAAUCUCCAAAGCCCCGCGCAACACUCGGGUUCGCUUUACCCGGGCCCUGUGCCAGCCCCCCCCGCCAGUUUCCCAGCCCGAAAAUGAGCGCCCCGUCCGAAAACAGGGCCUUAAGUCUCACGGCUCCCUCCCCGGGGUUCUCCUCGCCGCUCGGGAGAGCAAUCUCGGCCGCUGUGAAUAAGCACCCUGCGCUGGAGGCUGUUCACACCGGUCCCGUCGGACAGCCCGCAGAGCCAGUUGGGCUGGGGCUGAUAGCGCAGGAGGCGCAGUGUGAAGAGGCGCUCGGGAUGGAGUCCCCCACUCGGCGGAGCAUGCUCAGGAGCCCGUUCACACUGCUACUUAACAGCCCGAUUAAGAGCCCCGGGUUAGGCAGCCCAAGCCUGAUUACCCGGAGUCCUUCCUUCGCGUUCCUUGCGGCCAAUCGGAGCUUUCUACCGACCCCCCAGCUUCAGAACGGAGCGCAUUUACACUGCCAAUUGGCCGGGGGGGGAAACGGCGACAAAGGAGAAAGGCGCGGCCUGCGAGAAGCUAAGGAAGAAGUGGGGGGGUCGCCUGCUUUCAACCGGGAGAGAUCAACCGGUGGCAAGCGCGGGGGUUCCGCUUCUGGAGACGAACGGGCCAGAGCAAGGGUCUCUUUUGCGGCGGAAGAAACAAAAGUGGCGAGAGAAAGUAGAGAAGGUGGGCUUGGCGACCGGAGAGCGGAACUAGAGCGACGAGAUAGUGAGGAAAUGGAUUGCCGAAUGUCCUCCGGAACUCUGCUGGCGGAGCCCGGAAUCACCCUCGCCGGAGAGGAGCCGCAAAGAAUCGGCGACUGCCCAAGUGGCACUUCGAAGGCGUCGCUUCGUAAGCUGCCACGUGUUACCUUUUCACAGGCGGAGGGGCUUACUAGCGCGGAGGAGAGAGACAGCCGCACCCCACCAUUGGAGAGAGAUGAGUUUCGGAAGGGGGGGACAAUAAUCCCGUCAAAUUCACCCGAUUUCUGCCCCCUGGAGAAUGCAGACGACUUUCCGGCCGUCAGCCCGGCGUCCGAAGCCCCUGAAAUCCAAUCUCCAUUGCCCCCGGUUCAAUCCUCCGAGCAGUCACGAGAGACCGCGUUCUUUGCAUUCUCUCUGCGAGCCACGACGCCGGAAGUGUUCAAGAGCGUUUCGCCAGGGCUGGCCGGGGUUAACAACCGGUCACCUUUCCAUACCAGCCCGGCGGACGUCCCUAACCCAGCGCUAACCCGGUCUUCUUUCCAAGCCACUCGUGCGGACGACCCUAAGCGCGUCUCUCCGGUUCCGAACGGGGAUUCUGACCAGGGUUUAGCCUCGGAACCCGAAAGUCAGAUGCAAGAUCAAAGCGGGCGGGCCAGAGCGAUGCCGUUCCCCAGCAGAGAUUCUCCGGACGCGGGUCAGGAACCCGGGGUUAGCGAAACCAAUCGGGUAAAUGGACCGGUAGUUUUAACCGAGCAAGAAGAGGACCCUGCUGACCUCAUUCAGCGGCUGCCGCCAUUCGAGCGGGGGAGGCAGAGGCGGGCGGCCCUAUUCACACCGUUGAGGCCCGUGCCAAAACUCCCCGAGGAUGGAGCCAGUGUGAACGAGGGCGAUGGGGUUAAAGAAGAGGACGGGUGUUGUGGGGCCGGUGUAAAGGGAAAGCGGGUGAACCGGGGACCUAUUGGGCAACUGCUUGAGGAAACGGUUGGCGUUCCGCUGCCGUCGCUCUUGGACGCGGUCGGCGGACAGCGGAGCGAGCGACUGCGCGAGCUGGUUGCGCAGCAAGGAGGCGCGCUGGACAUAGCGCACUAUCAGCAGACUCAGGGCCUGCGGCUGUCUGCCGACAAGCAAAUUUGUUUGCGGUAUUGCUUUACGCUUCUGUCCGAGCGAUGGCGCGAUCCGUCUUCCGGCGCCCUCUUCCCCUUGGAGAAGCGGAAAGACGCGGCCGCGGAGCGCAUUCACACCUUCGGCGCCGUAACAGCGGGGCGCCGGGGGGGGGUGGGAAACGUGGCGAAAGGCGCCCGGGUGAAGCGGGUGGAAAUGCUGACGCCAAGGCUGAAGCGCCAGACGCGAGCUGCGUCUCGGCGACCGGUCCAAAACACCGGGGGAUCGUCCGAAAAGACGAACGGGAAGCAGCGGGCGCGGGCGAAAAGGCGGCCGGAAACCGGUUCCGAUGAGGCUUCCGAAGCGGAAUCCAGUUCGGAAGAGGACGAGUCUGACGAGCAGCUGACGUCACCCCGCUUGCUGACGUCGACGUGCUUCCCCGGAGAGUCUCCGUACGUCCACUCAGGAGCGAAGAAGGUGGUGCCGAUCGGGAGCGUUAACGCCCGUGGGUCGCCGGAAAAGUCGCCGGAAAGUGCCUCCCCCGUGCAGGAAAAGGCGGGGACGAUAGCUGAAAGCGGCGACCUACGGCGACCGGGAAAAGCGCCAGCUGUCCUUGUCGACCUCAGCGCGGAAGGGGAGGAAAGUGACGUGGCAGCGGGGUCGGGUGGCCACGUCGCAGAGCGGGAGGCUGCAGACGAGGCGCAACCUGCCGAAGCGAUUGUGUCGGACGAGUUGCGGGGUUUGGGGGUUUUGGCGAUAAGAUAUGGGGAGCGCAUUGCAGAAAGCGGAUUGCCGGGAGGGGAUGCGCAUAAAGGCAGGGUGAAAGCAACGGCCGGAAUUGGGAAGAAGAAGCGGCCCCGUUUACAGCCGAUUCAGCGGAUUGUCGAUUUGGAGGAAGCCCUCGGAGAGACGGACGGCUCGCCCGUCCGUGACGCGAGACGGACGAAGGUCAGAAAGUUGGGGACUCCCGUGGCAAGGCGCACCCGAAACCACCUGCGGUUUUUCUUGUAGAUAGUCUUCCGUGCUAGGUGUCACCUGCACGCCCUCUUAGAGCUUGAGUCGGCAAACUUAUUCCAAGCGGCUCGCUUUGUAUUCAGAUUGCCCUUGCAAUCGGUUGAUUGUUUGCGGAGGCCAGAUGGAUUUCGGCUCCCGCUUGAGCAAGGCCCACUGCUCCACAAUCAUGCAGCUCUUAUGUUUGAAAGGUGCUUCUUAUCAGUCCCGUGGUUGCUUCAAUCAAACUUGCACAAAGAAAGACCACGAGGAAUCACGUUGCCGCAA